ACCGCCCCCUCUCAGUUAUUCCCAAGAUGGCGGACCUACUGGGCUCCAUCCUGAGCUCCAUGGAGAAGCCACCCAGCCUCGGCGACCAGGAGAGUCGGCGCAAGGCCCGAGAGCAGGCUGCCCGCCUGAAGAAACUGCAGGAGCAAGACAAACAACAAAAAGCGGAGUUUCGGAAAAAGAUGGAGAAAGAGGUGUCUGAUUUCAUCCAGGACAGUGCACAGAUCAAGAAAAAGUUUCAGCCUAUGAACAAGAUAGAGAGGAGCAUACUACAUGACGUGGUGGAAGUGGCAGGCCUCACAUCCUUCUCCUUUGGAGACGAUGACGACUGUCGCUAUGUCAUGAUCUUCAAAAAGGAGUUUGCACCCUCAGAUGAAGAGCUAGACUCCUACCGUCAUGGAGAAGAGUGGGACCCCCAGAAGGCUGAGGAGAAACGGAAGCUAAAGGAGCUGGCUCAGAAACAGGAGGAGGAAGCAGCCCAGCAGGGACCUGUGGUGGUGAGCCCUGCUAGCGACUACAAGGACAAGUAUAGCCACCUUAUUGGCAAAGGAGCAGCCAAAGAUGCAGCCCACAUGCUACAAGCCAACAAGACCUAUGGCUGUGUGCCUGUGGCCAACAAACGAGACACACGCUCCAUAGAAGAGGCCAUGAAUGAGAUCCGAGCCAAGAAACGUCUGCGGCAGAGUGGCGAAGAGUUGCCAACUACCUCCUAGGCUUCACACCCAACUCCCUUUGACCUCCAGCAAGGCAGGGCGUGGAGGAGCAAGGCUGCUGCUAUCAGGACCUAUCCUGGAGCCCCCUUCUAAACUAGGAGGUCCUACCAGCUGUCACUCAGGCUGGAGGAAAAGCAGGUGUUUAUCACUGCUGCAACUUGGAUGUUUGGUUGGUGCAUGUGUGUGUGUGUGCGUGCGUGCGUGCGUGCGUGCGUGCGUGCGUGCGUGCGUGCGUGUGUGUGUGUGUGUGUGUGUGUAAGAGUGCCAAUGUGUGGGUGGGUAUUUAAUCUGUAUUAUUCUCUAUUAUCCUUGGAACUUUCUUCCCCAUGGGGCUGGGGUUACUUUACAUUAAAUAAACAUUGUUUGACCCAA